AUGGCGGCUGCGGCCUCCCUCACGAUGCUCGUGGCCUCGACGCUCUUCAUCCUGCUCGGCCUGGUGGUGCCGCUGAGCGGCCAGAGCUGCGCGUGGACCAACCCGGGCGUCUUCCCGGAGCUCCUCCGCACGCUGCUCAAUGCGCAGGCCGAGACGCUAGCGGACAUCUGCGUGGAGCGCCCGGCCGCGGCCGCCACGGGCUUCCUGCCCUCGUCGCCGGCCGUCAUCGCCGGCUGCUGCGGCAUCCUGGCCGCAGCCCUGAACAUUCUCCCCUUCGGCAGCUGCACCGACGGCAGCUCCAUCGCGAGAUGUGCUCCGGCGGGGCGCGUCAGGGACACCUUCCUACCGCUCUACGCGUUGGUGCUCCUCAUCUUAAGCAUCUUUGGCAACGAGUCCGCGGAGUCGGACGCCCUCUUCCCGGCCGUGCUGGCGUGGGCCGUCUUCGCGUUCGGAGACUGCGGCCGUACCUGGUGGGAGACCCAGUGCUUCGGGAGACCGCAUCACUGA